AGCUUGAUGCUGCAGGUCCCAAUGUUGCCGUACGAGCUGAUCGCGAUCAUCGUGGAACUGGCUUAUGAGCUGCACGGCACCCGCACAACUGAAACAUGCACCCUCGUAUCGUCUGCGUGGCGGUCGGCUAGCCGUCGAACGAUUUUUCGCAGGGUCCGUGUGACAAGCGAAGAACGCCUGAACGAGCUCGUCAUAUUGCUCUCGAUGGACCAGACAAUCCCACCCCUCGUGCGGUCUCUUGUCUUCCGCGAAGACUUCUGUGGCCCUGAAUCAACCCACGGAUGGGUCAAUGAGCUCCCGCGCCGACUCCCUGAGAUGCUUCCUAACCUCGUCAUCAUUGAGUUUAUCGGCAUUCGCGAGCGGUUCGCAACGGAAGGAUCGUUCGCUCCAUCGCUCUCGUGUUUCCAGGCAUUCAACAGCGUUCAGAGCUUCGUCAUACGAAGUUGCACGGUCACCCCGGCUAUCCUCGAUUCGCUCACAUCUCACCUCCCUGCCGUACAGGCGCUCUCUAUAUUAUGCAUCAACAUGCCCCGAUAUCCUUCGAGCCCCACUCAGUCGAGCUCCCUGCGGGGACCCUCGCUGCGCUCUCUGGAACUCGACGUGGGCCACAUUUUCUCCUCCGCGUUACGUCACAUCCUCUCAUGGGUCUUAUCGACACCCUCGCGGACGACACUCCGCUCGCUGACCCUGACUCUGCGCACAUCCGAUGCUGAGGCUGCCGGCAGGUUCUUGCAAGAGGUCGGUCCGCAGCUCGAAGAGCUAGAGCUGCGAUUCGAAGAAUACCUUGGUCUGCCUUUGGAAACCGAGAGUAAGCAUAGCUGUCUCUGUUGA